AGUUCAUCACAGAGCCCACGAGUCACGAGCAGACCGACCUUCCUGAACUGCCUAUCGUCAGCAUGCAGAACGCAAAUGUAACAGCACAACAGCUUCCAACGCCUCCGCCGAGCACUCUCCUCCCUUCCCCAUUACCCCUCCCGAACAAGUCGCAAGCACAAGACCCUCCUCUCAACACUGCGCCGCGAGGAAAUGAGCCUACGGUGGAGGACAGCGGGAUGGUUUCCGUCUCAACAACCUUCUUUCCCGGCUCCCAGACGCAUUUGACUCACCCGGACCUCAUUAUCAUUUCAUCCGAUUCCAUCUUCUUCUACGUUGAGUCAAUCAUGUUGCUCAGCGCAUCCUCCAAUGCGUUUGGCGCUCUUUUCGCUCUACCCGCAAAACACCCGGGUAGCGAUGCCGGUCCCAUUGUAGUAGCCCAAGAACAUUCCGCCAUCCUCGACGUCAUCCUUCACACCAUUUACAAUAUGUCAUGCUCUCAUCAUAACCCCUCGUUUGAUUCGCUAUCAGCCGCGGUGAUGGCCUUCCCCAAGUACGGCUUGUCUACCACCAGGUACAUUGUUCCUUCGACCCCAUUAUACACCCUUCUUCUUUCCCAUGCACCCCUGCGUCCGCUCCAACUGUACGCUCUGGCGGCACAGUACGACCUCCAUGAUCUGGCUGUUCCUACCUCAUCCCACCUUCUCUCCUUCUCUCUUCCAUCUCUCACCGACGACAUGGCAGACCGGAUUGGCUCGCGAUACCUUAGGCGCCUGUUCUUCCUGCACCUCGGACGCACCGACGCAUUGAAGCGCAUCCUCCUGCAACCCCCGCAUCCGCACGCGCCCUCACCAACGUGUAGCUUUGAAGAUCAAAACCGAGUGUCGCGGGCGUGGGCGCUUGCGUCUGCAUACCUCGCUUGGGAUGCGAGGCCAGAUCUAUCGACGGCUGCGUUGCAGGCGGCUCUGGGACCGCUGGGCGAGAAGGUGCGAUGCAGCCUGUGUCGUGAGGGGCUCCAGGAGCGGCUAAAGAACGUCAUUACGGAGUGGAUUAUCGUUAAAAGGACGAUUUGAACGCCUUCGCCACUGAUACCAAACCCCCUCCUGUGGAUUAUUCUGGACUCCUGAUACACGACGACACGGAAUGAUCAGUUCACGCCAUUUUAUUUUCGAUAUGUUUUGAUUUAUUUAUUUCGCACCAACUACUAUACCACCGACUCACCUUCUGUUCCAACACAAC